CACGAGCCAGAUUUUUGUGCGUGCACAGUUUUAACAAACAGAAGGAGUCUACAAUUUCAAAACGUCACAGGCAAAAGUAAAGUAUAGCUCAACUGAGGGCAUGCAUAGAACAUAGCAGAAAUUCCAAUUUUGUGCAAAAUUAAAGCCUGAGUUGCAUCAGAAUAAUAUCAUCUGAAUUAUUUUACUGUCAGGAGCUGAAAACACGUUAGAUGGCUAAGUGAAAAAAAAUACAGGAUUUCCUGUUAUUCAGUCACUGCAUCAGUCUGCAGAUGUCAGUGGAUUUCGGAGCACUAGGACAAGAGGGUGAAAAUUCUCUCUCCGUCUGAGAAGUUUUUAAAAAUAUCUCUAUCGUUGGAAUCUACAGCAUAAACUGUAGCUAAUAAAAACCAUUUUGCUUUUUCUCUACCCUUCGCUGUGGAUAUUUCCUUCUUGAAGAAUGGAAGUUAGAAUGAGAAAUCUUUCUUCCAUCCCAUCAUCUCCUAAAUGAAUGUACAGAUACAUUCAAGAUGCCGAAAAACAGAUCUUCAGGAAACUGCACCGAUCCUCAUAUGGGAUUUCAAUCCUCCCUAUACGCAACCACUUACACCAUAAUAUUCAUACCUGGUCUUCUGGCAAACAGUGUUGCAUUAUGGGUUUUAUGUCGCUUCAUCAGUAAGAAAAACAAAGCAGUUAUUUUUAUGAUUAAUUUGGCUGUAGCUGAUCUUGCUCACGUUCUCUCGUUACCCCUACGAAUAUAUUAUUAUAUAAACCAUAUGUGGCCUUUUGGGAGUUUCCUAUGCCAGUUAUGUUUCUACCUGAAGUAUCUCAACAUGUACGCAAGCAUUUGUUUCCUUACCUGCAUAAGUAUUCAAAGGUACCUUUUCCUCCUCCAUCCAUUCAAAGCAAAAGACUGGAAGUGUAGGUAUGAUGUCACCAUUAGUGCUGUUGUGUGGAUCAUUGUUGGGGCUGCUUGCUCACCAGUUCCAAUCCUGAGAAGUCCUACCUUAUCCAACAAUACAAACACCUGCUUUGCAGAUCUUGAAGUGAAGCAAAUGACUAUGGGAGCUUCUAUUACUUCGGUAACAAUAGCUGAAUUAUUAGGGUUUGUGGUCCCCCUAGUUAUUAUUGCAUAUUGCACUUGGAAAAUGAGACAAUCUCUACAGGAAUGUCAAGUGCCCUUGCAACAGAGAAGUGAGAAAGAGAAAGCUUUACGGAUGAUUCUGAUGUGUGCAGCUGUAUUCUUCAUAUGUUUUACACCAUAUCAUAUAAACUUUCCUUUAUUUAUGAUGGUGAAACAGAAUGUUAUUACAAACUGCUCCACACGCAGAAGUACUCUUCAUUUCCAUCCAGUUUCUUUAUGUCUUGCAAGUUUGAACUGUUGUCUGGAUCCAAUCCUCUACUACUUCAUCACAUCAGAGUUUCAGAACAAAUUAUUGAGAUGUAGUGGCUUUGCCCUCAGGAGUUGUCUCAUGGACAAAGAGAGUGACUCAUCUUUCCAAGAUAACAGCGAUGAUAUUACAACACAAAAGCCCUUUUCACAUUUUAAAUUUCGGUCUCUUCCAAAACUCUGGUCAAAUAAAUACAUGGAAACUCCUCCAACUGAACCAGAGGGGCUUUUACUACAAUAAAUCUUUUGAAACUCAAGACAGUUUGUUCUACAUAGGUGCAGUCCAAAGCUCAUAUGGAGAGCACAUGAAGCCCAGAAAUAUGUACUGAAUAAUGUCCCUGGCCAUUAUGUCCAAGGUAUCCAGCACAGAAAGACAUUUUAACUUUUUUUUUUUUUAAUGUCAUUCAUCCCAAUCACUACAACCUCCCCAUGCAAAAUUCUCUCAUACUUCUUGGGUCACCUGUUACAUCCCAUAAUUUAUCUUCCUUAAAAAGACACUCCUAGCAGCUGAUCUAUGUAUUGAAAUACCAUUGACCAUCACGGGAAUUCCAGCCACUGAACAGUUACAAAACAGCUACAACCUACAGUCCCCCACCCCUGCAGGCCGUUUCAACCUUGACGUUGAUGCAGCUAUGAAAAUGUACCUCAUGGUUAUGUCUCUGCUUUUAGACAAUCCUUGCCCUAAAGAACUCUUACCCAAGGUACAUUUAGAAUAUCUGGUAUAUCUGUGAAUACAUUUUUAAAUCAUUAAAUUAAUGUUUUCUAUUGAAAA